ACAGUUGUUUCCCCUGUAAUUGUUGUCAUGUCAGUGGUGGGAGAGUCCUAAAUGCCUUAACAUUAUCAGAUUGGAAAGGCUGCUCUAAAACAUGGAGUGCUGUUGGACAAUUGUCCAAUUAAGUUUUUUCACUGAUCUGUGACUUUCUUCUCAUAUUUCCAUCUCCAUCUACCAUGCCAAUGAGAUCACUGUUCACUUACUUGUCAAAUAACUUGUUUGAAUGCUGAACCACAACUUUGGAGACCCUGGUUGGCCAUGAAAAUCCACUGGCUGACUUUGGACAAGUUACAUAUUCUCAGUCCCAGAAAACUUAUAGAAUUGCUAUGAGCCUGAAAUGACUUGAAGGUAAACAAUGAUAACAAGUUAGUGAGCAAUUAUUUGUUGAUUUCAGAUAGAAGACACUGAAGCAGUGCCAGUUAAGUGAUAGGUGACAUUUGCAUUCAAUCAUCUUGCUGUCUGCGUUUCAUAUGACCCAUAAAGAUUGCAGUAAAGAAUCAGGAGGAAUGGAAGUACAUGAUUGCCAAAUAGAAGAAAACACUUUCUCUGGAAGCUUGAAUUUACUUGUCUUCUGUAGGCAAGCCCUCAAACCUCCUUUCCUAUGCCCAGCUCUUGUCAUACAAGAAAAACUGCUCAAAAUAUCCUUAACAAAAGUGUUUGACCCAUUGUAGCGGUGGGUGGAAGGAAAGGAAAGGAAAAUGCAAUAUGGAGGUGGAACGAUAUGGAAGGACAAAGAAGCAUGUCACAACAGGAGGAAUAGGGUGUGGGCAAGUUCUCCAGGCUUCAAGAGGUCAGAUUUUGUUGGAAAGUUACCCACUGAAUGCCCACUGUGAAUGGACUAUACAUGCCAAACCCGGGUUUGUUGUUGAGUUAAGGUUUGCAAUGCUAAGUCUGGAAUUUGACUACAUGUGCCAGUAUGACUAUGUGGAGAUUCGCGAUGGGGACAGUGUUGACAGCAGAAUCAUUAAGCGUUUCUGUGGGAAUGACAGACCUCCUCCAAUCCGAAGCACGGGAACUUCACUUCAUGUUCUUUUCCAUUCGGAUGGUUCUAAGAACUUUGAUGGGUUUCAUGCCAUCUUUGAGGAAAUUACAGCUUGUUCUUCAUCUCCAUGUCUGCAUGAUGGAACCUGUGUCCUGGAUAAAAUUGGUGGCUACAAGUGUGCCUGCCUAGCUGGUUAUACUGGGAACCGCUGUGAAAGCUUGGUGAUGUGUAGGACUCCAGGUGCUCCUGCUCAUGGUUUUGUGGAAGGAGAUGACUUUAAAUACGGGGCCCACGUUUACUUCAAAUGCAAUGCAGGCUACACCUUAAAAGGCAGCCGGGUUGCCUACUGUCAGCUGAAUGGGAGCUGGUCAACACACCAUCCUGGAUGUGCCAUUGAAGACAGAAACUGUUCAGAUCCUGGUGCUCCACUCAAUGGGUUCAGGAAAAUGAUGGAAGAUACUGUACUUCUCAAUGGUCGCUAUGCAAGAAUUGGAACAGUCAUCAACUUCUUUUGCAAUAAUUCUUAUAUUCUCAGUGGCAGUGAGCAGAGGAUCUGCCAAGAUAAUGGGGAAUGGUCAGGGAAACAGCCAAUCUGCAUAAAAGCUUGCAGAGAGCCAAAGAUCUCUGACCUGGUGAGACAGAAAGUUCUACCAAUGCAGGUUCAAUCAAGAGAGACUCCUUUGCAUCGGCUCUAUUCAUCUGCAUAUAACAAGCAGAAGCUGGAAGCAUAUCCAACCAAAAAACCAUUAUUGCCAUUUGGAGAACUUCCUCCAGGUUUCCAACAUCUUCACACGCAGCUUCAGUACGACUGCAUUUCUCCUUUCUACCGCCGCCUGGGAAGCAGCCGAAGAACAUGCCUGAAAACAGGGAAAUGGAGUGGGAGAGCUCCUUCUUGCAUUCCAAUCUGUGGAAAGACAGAAAACAUCACUCUUCAAAAACCAUCCACAACCAGGUGGCCUUGGCAAGCAGCCAUCUAUAGGAGACCCAAUGGAGUGAAGGCUCCCACUCAUAGAAAGGGUGCAUGGAUACUGAUUUGCAGCGGGGCCCUGCUGAAUGAACGCACAGUGGUUGUGGCAGCUCAUUGUGUCACCAAUUUGGGAAAGAUUACAGUUCUUAAAACAGCAGACAUCAGAGUUGUUCUUGGCAAACACUACAGAGAUGAUGAUAGAGAUGAAAAGACUGUGCAGAAUUUACGGAUAUCAGCCAUUAUAGUGCACCCAAAUUAUGACCCCAUAUUGCUUGAUUCCGACAUAGCCAUCGUUAAACUCCUGGACAAGGCCAGAAUCAGCAAUCGCGUCCAACCCAUAUGCUUGGCCUCGAUGCGCGAUAUUGACCCACCUGCUGAUGACUUACAAAUAGUGAUUACUGGUUGGAAGAUCCUAGCAGACAUUGCCGAUCCAAGCUACAAGAAUGACACAAUCCGUACGGGGAGUGUUCAGAUAAUCGACUCCUUGUUGUGUGAGCAGCAAUAUGAGGAAAAUGGUAUCCAGGUCAGCGUGACUGAUAGCAUGUUUUGUGCCAAGCAGCACCCUACUGCAUUUUCCAAUAUCUGCCCUGCCGAGACUGGAGGGAUCGCAGCAAUACCUUUGCCUGGAAGAUCAUCUCCUGAGUUAACCUGGCACCUCAUGGGGUUAGUGAGCUGGGGCUAUGAUAAAACAUGUAGUCUAGAACUCUACACUGGUUACACCAAGGCAAUUCCUUUCAAAGACUGGAUUGAGAAGAACAUGAAGUGAACCACCCAGUCCAAAACUGUUUCUUUUCUUGUUUUAUGUUAAAUGUAAUAGUUUCUCUCAUAGUCUCUGAUGUGUCUUAUUGCAUUGAUAGAAGACUUAUGGGUGGAAACUAUAAAGCAGGGGCCACUGAUAUUUGCUGUGACAUCUAGCUGUUCAGUGAGUCCAGCUCGUCCAUGACAGAGGCUUUGAGGCCCCUUUUUAUGCUGUCAUAUAAUCCAGAUUAUCAAAUCAGAUAAUCCAGAUUAUCUGCUUUGAACUGGAUUAUGUGAGACUACACUGCCAUAUAAUCCAGUUCUAAGGAGAUAAUCUGGAUUUUAUAUGGCAGUGUAGAAGGGGCCUGAGUGUGGCAGAUGGUUGAUAUGGCUCAGUUGUACCUUUUCUCCUGGUGGGAACAGGUACACUUGGAUUACGGGCUGUAGCAGGAACAUUGAUAACCAGAACUAGCUGUAUUCAUUCCAUAUUUAAUUAUCAUCUGGGUAAAAUAUUUGGGAGAUAUUUCCAUUGAAGUCUGAGAUAGUAAAUUGGAAAAAUAAUUAAAAGACUAGAUGAUGUGUUAUAGUCAAAGCUGUCUGUAUUUGUCAUAUUUUAUAUUCUUUUCCCUCUCAAAUACCUUACACAUUCAAAUAAAGAAAGGUUUGUUUUAAAUCUGAGAA